CCAAGGAAACAGUACCAAAUGUUGACGUGAUGACCUUCCAUGUUAAUAAAGUGGCCAAGUAGUCGUACCAUGGAGGAAUAAAUUCCUGUAUAUCCCAGCAGGCAGGUCACUUGGUUGAUGUUAGCUAUUGGUUUCAUCCGUUAGUAUUCUACGGUGCCAGGUGCCAUUUGCAAUUGAGCGACUCCGCUGUUCUUUAUGGCUUCUCAACGAAGACCAGUUCACCACCAGGACAGGGAUCCUUGGGGUUGGGUUGUUGUGGGCGCAACAUUUGUCGCCUUUUUCAUCACAUACGGAAAUCUGAAGGCUUUGGGUGUUCUCCUCCUAGCCAUGCAGAAUGACUUCAAUAGUGACCUGUGGAUAAUUGGUUGGAUGGCCGUUCUAUAUAACUCAAUGAGUCUCCUCUCCGGUCCUUUUGUUGCAAGCAUUGACCGUCUAGUUAGCAGCAGACGCUGCGUUGUUAUCGUCGGUGGAGUACUGGGGUCGGCUGGCUUCAUCAUCGGCUCGCAGUCGACUACAGUGUUACAGCUAGCUCUUUCUAUUGUCAUUCUAUCUGGUCUUGGUAAAGCUUUGAGUUUUUUCUCCUUCUUUGGUGUUCUGGCGUCCUACUUCAGUGAGAACUAUUCUGUAGCUAUUGCAAUAUCAGCAUCAAGUAUACCAAUCUCGAUGAUCGUGUAUGGUCCCCUGACACAGAUACUACUGGAUGCAUACGGCUGGCGUGGAACCAUGCUGAUAAUGGGUGGUAUUACUUCCCACAUCUUAGUAUGCGGUGAAUUGCUUAUAGCUCCUGCAGUAUCUUCACCAACAAAUAGAGAACAGUACCAACAGGUACCAAACGAUGCAGCGGAUGGAGACGACAUUUCAAUGGAGAGAUACAACAGUAAUUCUGCCGAAUCUCACCGGGGAACGUUUUUGACGAUAAAAAGGAGCAUUCAGCGUUUCUUUACAUCUAUGGACUUUGAAAUACUUGCAGAGAAAAGAUUCAUAUUUCUGACUGCGUCAAUAGUUUGCGUUGAUUUCUGCUUCAAUGGGUGGGUAGUAUACAUGGUGUCACAUGGUGUAUUCCAGGGGCUGAGCAGUAACCAAGCUUCGCUGUUACCAACAACCUUUGGGAUUGGAUACAUCCUCGGCAAGUUCGUGGCUCCUCUUACGGAUCGCACCCGAUGCAAGGUUCCUGCCAUCAGAUGGAUUUAUCUUGGCUGCGUCCUCAUGUUUGCCUCAUAUCUCACCGAAGCUUUCAUGACACUUUUCCCUGUGCAGAUGAUCGUCACAUGUUUCAUUGGAAUGGGGCAUGGUAUUGUAUCACAGUCACGUGACGUCAUUGUGCGGUUUCUGACGUCCGUUGAUCGGCUCGUAGCUGUGCUGUGCUGGCAGGCGCUUAUAGGUGGAUUUUGUACGAUGGGAAGUGGAUUGCUAACAGGGUUGAUUUACGAAUGGACAGGAAGUUUUCAAGCGGCUUUAAUUAUGUACAGUGGCAUCAUGCUGAUUUCCGUCAUACUGUUCUUCGUAUAUGAUAAAAUAACGAACCGAGAACAAGACCAAUGUUAGCUGCGGAUCUCUAGGUUAGGCAACAACCAACUAUGCCCUAAACAUAGACCCCAACCCCCAAAACAAUUGUAAUAUUUGUGGAGUCCUUUGUCUAUCCGUUGAGGGCCUCCAUUUUCUUAUAAACAGUAUAGUGUUACGUGUACCAACUUGAAGCUUAAACAAGGAUGGCAAUAAAUUUUGUUUUUGAUAAGCAUGACCACACGAAACUUAAUCAAGAGACAAGGAACAAUAUGAUACAAUUCUUCUUUAAAUUGCAUUUUACAGUGGAUAAAUUAAAAGUGGUAUAAAAAGAGACCAAUAGAAAAAAUGACAAACAUAAAGGGCAGAAAGGACUAAAAUCAGGAUAGGAAAAACAACUCACACGAUCCUGGUGGCUAAUCCAACUACUUGGUUAAGCUUCAAAUACAACUGUUCAUGUAUACAUGUUGUUUCUGCAUUAACGUCACCUGGAAAUAUAAUUUUUUUUCUUUCAAACACAAGA